CCCAAGAUGCUGGUGAACCUUCAGUCCCAGAACAAAGCCAUCUCCUACGCAGGGUGUCUGACACAACUCUACUUCCUGGUCUCCUUGGUGGCCCUGGACAACCUCAUCCUGGCCGUGAUGGCGUAUGACCGCUAUGCGGCCAUCUGCCACCCUCUCCACUAUAUCACAGCCAUGAACCCUAAGCUCUGUAUCUUGCUCCUCAUCUUGUGUUGGGUGCUCUCUGCCCUUUAUGGCCUCAUCCACACCCUCCUCAUGACCACAGUGACCUUCUAUGGGUCCCGAAAGAUCCACUACAUCUUCUGUGAGAUGUACGUCCUGCUGAGGCUGGCAUGUUCCAACAUCCAAGUGAAUCACACAGUGCUGGUUGCCACUGGAUGCUUCAUCUUCCUCACCCCAUUAGGGUUCAUGAUCACAUCCUAUGUCUGCAUCAUCAGAGCGAUCCUCCAAAUACCCUCAGCCAUUGGGAAGUACAAAGCCUUCUCCACCUGUGCCUCCCAUUUGGCUGUGGUCUCCCUCUUCUAUGGGACACUGGGCAUGGUGUACCUGCAGCCUCUGCACACCUACUCCAUGAAGGACUCAGUAGCCACAGUGAUGUAUGCCGUGGUGACCCCCAUGAUGAACACUUUCAUCUACAGCCUGAGGAACAAGGACAUGCAUGGGGCUCUGGGAAGACUUCUCCAAGGAAAAGCCUUUCAGAGGUUGACAUGA